AUGACAGAGACUCAUAGAGAGAGGUCAGCAUCACCCCAGGGAUCGCCCCGACCCAAUCCCAACAAGCGGACACGAUCCGACAACGUUCGGAGCGGAGCGGCCGAUGCCAGCGGGGAUGCAUCCCCAUCCUCAUCCUCUGCUCACAUCCCCGAGAUGUUUUGUUUGUUCAGGGAUGAGAUCGACGCUCAUAACGACCGACGUGAGCGGCUGAUCAAGUCGUCGCGCGAUGUGACUGCGCUCUCCAAAAAAGUCAUCUUCCUGCUGCAUCGAUUCGACAUCACCGACUUUGCAUCGGCACAGCCGACAGUCAAGACACGCAAGCUGUUUUCAGAGGCAGAGACCAAACUGCAAGAGAUUAUCUCGCUGUUGCGGCAGUCUGCCUUGGCCGAGGGAUUGGGCUCGAUAGAUGCGCCGGACGCGCAGUUGGAUGCGUCCACCAAGCGACUUCGAUCACACCGGUACGAGCGCAACCUAGGUGGUGGGCUUGAGGAGUUCAUCGAGGCCAUCUCGUUCUACCACUAUCUCCGCACCACACAGCUCAUCACUAUUCGCCAGAUUCAGGAUAGAUUCCUCGCCGAACCCAUCGCCGAAUCGCACUUCUACCCAGAACAAGCUGCUGAACCAUCAGAACCCACGUCUGCCCUUCCAGCGUCAGACUCACAGAGCGACCGUGCUCUGCACGUCCCGGCACAUCGAUACCUCUUGGGCCUCUCUGAUUUGACCGGUGAGCUCAUGCGUUUCGCCACCAAUGCUGUCGGCCAAGGCGACACGGGCCACGUCGUCAAGCAAGUCCUCGCUCUCACUCGGCAGCUCCGAGAUGCACUCGACCCCUUUGUGCCCCUGAUACGAGAUCUCAAAAAGAAGCAAUCCGUCACAAACCAGAGUCUCCGCAAGAUCGAAGACAUUCUUUACGCCAUCACCGUCCGCUCGGCAGAGUUCGGCUCAGAUCCGCAAGCACUUCGAGAAAUGGUUCGAAGAACUCUAGCAUCCUCUUCUGCGCCAAACCCUCACGAUGACGAUCAAAAUUAG